AUGGUGAGACCUAAAUAUUCUCCAAUCAACGCCACAUUCGGUGUUCGUAUGGAACAAUUUAUGGAAUCUCAAGAAGAUUAUAUCAAAUAUCAUUCUAAGUUAAAUAGAAAAUUGCAGAAGUUAAGACGAAAGCUUAAUUUAACUACAAGAGAUACCAAGCAUUACUCUUUAAAGGAAAAAUUCUCUAAGUUGACCUUUGAAGACUAUGACAAUAAAAAUAAGCUUUUUGGUGUGCUUUUACUGCUAUACAUUGAAAGAGAUUUAUCUAUCUGUGAAUUAUAUAAGUUAAGAGCAAGAAAUCGUGGAAAGUUUAAAAAAUCUGAAAGAAAAUUGGUCACUGAAAGAUUGAGAAAAUCUGUCAAAUCUGUUAACCGUUUAUUGGAUUUAUCUAAAAAUGAAGAGGAUUGGAUUAUACGUCUCCAAUAUUUAAUCUUUAGUAAAUUGAUUGUUGUGGAAAAUCUAUUAUAUGGGAAAACCGCUAAGAGAAAAGAAAAUGAUAACAUCUCUCAGGGCUUGGCUACCUGUUUUGCUGCUUUACAAUUCUUAGUAUCUAAGGAAAUCAUCAAUCAAGAUUUAUUUGAUUUUAUUCGUUCUAAAUACGAAUAUACUUUAAUGCAAUAUGCUGGUGGGUUAUUGUCCUCGAUUGAUUUACAUAAUUUUAUUACCAACACUAUAAUCCAAAUAAAAGAAAACAAAGAAACCCCAAGAAAUCAAUAUACGGAUGAAUUAAUCAAUUUGUUAUAUAACAAUGGCUUCACUAUUGAUUUUCAAGACGUUGAAAUGAGUAAGAAGGAAAAUGAAACCACUAUUAAACAUAUCAAUUGGAGAGCAUUUAAAUGUACUAUUAAUGAUAACCAUUUAGCUCAAAUGAUUGAAGAAGCUAGAAACGCUCCGAAGGAACAUAUAUCAGAUUACAGUAAUAAAAUUGCUAAGUGGGAAGCAUGUGUGUCUUACCAAGAAAACUAUAUUAAUCAUAACAACAGUAAUAAUGAUGAGGAGAUUGAAGACGAAGAAAAUGAACAAAUCUUAUUAGCAUAUCUUAAAUAUCAAACAAUCCUUACCUCAUUUUCUCGUGAAAAUGAUUUAUUUAAGCAACUAUGGAAUGAAUGGUUACAAAUUGGUCCUCUAUUAACAAAUAAAAUCCUAAAAUACAAAGAAUUAGAUAGAAUAGUGAAAAAUAAAAAGAAAUAUUUACAAGAUUUAAUGGAGUUGCCAGGUGUUUACUCUGAUGAUGAUUUGUUAUCACAGUUGGAAUUAACUCAAAUAUACUUUACGUUACAUGUUAAUGCUGUUUGUUUAGGCCAUCUUUACCAAUUAAAACAUCUCAAUAUUGAAGCUUUAGCUUUAUAUACAGAUGCAUACCAAAAGAUUACUGAAACUUAUUAUCAAUCUGGAAUUAUUUCAAAUGAUGACAUCUUACUUCCUCACAAAAUCAUAAAUAAAGAGGCUUUAGGAAACUUUAUUGCAGAUUUAAAAGCAAAAUUAUCAAGCAUCAUUGCAUUAGCAGAAUUUGAGAGUGAAUUCCGUAAUGUAGAAAAAUCAAAAUACGAUUUUAGUACUAUAGAUAAAUUGACUUUGGGUGGAACUAUUACUUUAAAUGAUGCAAAAUUGGAUAAUUUAUUCCCAUUAAGACCUCAGUUAAUUCCUGUUGGUGCUAAACCAUCACUUUUUGAUGUUGCAUUUAAUUAUAUUCAAUAUGAUAAUAGCUCAAAGACCAUUACAAAUAAGUCACAAGAAAAUCCUAUACAACCUGAAUCAACUUUAAAUCAAGUUGAUAACAAAUCCACUUCUACAGAUAAUAAACAAAAUACACCACCUAAGAGAAGGGGUUUUCUUGGUUUAUUUGGACGUUAA